AGCAUCAAGUACAUCAUGUAUGUCAUGUAUUGUGCAGACUUCGGCCGAUCAACAGAGAGGAAUCAGCUGAUUGGCAAUUUUGCGAAAGGGGUAGUCUACGAAGUUGCGACGGAUUGGUUUGUUUUGAUCGAUCUCACGAGUGCUCCGCUGGUCGGCUUUAGGCUUUGCUCCGACUCAUUCCCUCUCAAUCGAGGUGUUGCGAGGGCUCACAGGUUUAACCAAGUCACCAUGGCUGUGUUCACUUUGGAAAGAAUCUCAACCCUUGGAAGGUUUUACAUUUAUGCAAUUCAUGGAUAUGCCACAGAAGUAAUGUUCACUGCAUUAUGGGAGUUUGUUGUCAAUAUGAACUGGAAAUUUCCCGGAAAUACAAGUAUUUGGUCGUUCCCCAUCUAUGGACUGUCUGGCCUUGUUUUUGAGUAUCUGUACCUUUGCAUGAGCAGCAGAGGAAUCCCAUUGCCUUUGAGAGCUUUGGUGUACACACUUUGGACCUAUUGUUGGGAAUUUGGUACAGGCUUCAUUCUUAAGCAGUUUGGAGCUUGUCCAUGGGAUUAUACACCUUUCCAUGGAGAUUUUAUGGGCAUCGUUACUUUGGAAUAUGCUCCACUGUGGUAUCUCGGAGCCAUUGUGAAUGAGAAACUGGUGAUGUACUAUUCAAGAAGAAUCUUCUUUGGCCCUCCUAUGGAGGAGAUGAAAGAAACGUCAGUCAAGCAGGACUCAAAAUUGAUUAUCAAUGGAGCUGCUGGUGAUGUUGAGAAAAAAGCAGAAUAAUGCACUCUUGUACAUGACUUUAAAAUAAUAAAACCGAAAAAGCUGAACUUACUUGGAUCUUGUAAGACUCAAUUAAGGCUGAUAUAACACAGGUAUGACCUCCUCUUAAGUUUUUAAGUUGGCAAAUGAAAUGGUGAUGUUUUAAGAAAGCAGUGGCUAAUUGUAGGCCUAUUAUUCAGAAGACUAACUUCUAAGAAUACUUGACAUUGUUCAAAAAGCAAACUGUCCCCUCUGAAAGAGCAUUCUUGUCUUCCUUGCUACAGUUCUUUUAUGCAGAUAAAUACAGCAAGGAAAAAUAAGUAGUUUAUUGUGAGGUUAAUGCUACAAGUUGUACGACAAUGGUUUGAUGUUGCAGUGUGAACAAAAGAUAUCAAUUUUAAAAUAUUUUUUAUUGUACUUACUUUGAUGGCGAUGAAAGUGGGUUGGAGUGAUGAAAAAUAAGAAAUGUCAGGAAAAGAACUUGUGGUUUUUUUCAUGUUUUCAGGUGGUCUUCACAAUAAGCUGCUGAUUCUGCCUGUUCAGUAGAUCUAGAUACUGAGUGCAUUGUCUUUGAUGAGAAUUUUUGCAUUGAGAUUUUCAAACUUUGACUGUCAUGUCGUAGAAGAUAUGAAAUGAUAGUUGAAAGCUGAGUAAGUGUAACAGUGUUACGCUUUCAACUCUCUCCGAAACAGAUACUAAAUCUGGUGAAUAAGUGCUUUCGUAUUGAUAUUAUUUAGAUGUUGUGACCCUGGAAAAGGGUAAUCUUAUAUUUGUUUGAUUAUUUGAGGGGGGGGGGGGGUGGCAAGUUAGAUAAUGAGUACAUUUUGAGACUUGAAAAGAAAACGAAACCCCCCUGUGUAUUUAUUCAUGCAUUAGACUACAAAUCUUGACAUUACAAAUAUUAUGACAAAUUAAUGACGUAAAAUUGUAUUGUUUUAAACUAUGUGAGGUUUGCAUACUUUUUAAGAGACUGGUCUUUUACAGCUUAUGUGAUAAAUGUGGUAGAUACCGACAACUGAAAUUGCUUGUCUUUCAUUUUUGACAAUAGAGCAGUGGUUGUGGUCCGGGCAUAGGCUCCUGAGAGACAAUACUUCACAGCUUUUGCCGUUAGAUUAUGAUAACAAAUCUGGAGUCCUUUUAGAAUUGUGAUAAUGUACGGUAAACCUUUGUAAAAAUGCUAGGGCCAUUAAAAAAAUAUUUUAUUGUUUGACAUUCCCCCCCCUAACAUUUUUUAAAUAGAAGUAAUUUUUAACUCUUUAAACCCUGAGUUUUUUCCACCAUUUCCUGGAGUUUUUUCUACAGUCACCUAAACCUGGUGCACUAUGUCUCAUUAUAACCCCCAAAGCUUGCCUCCAAAUUCUAAAUUGCGGAAACAAAGGCUUAGUCCUUACUAAAAAACUUGGAUCGGGAAUAGUUCUGAAAAACAAGAAGAAACCAUCACUAAAUUAAACGAAACAGUUGUCACUAGUAAUGGACGCUCCCAGCGUCCGACGGGGAACAGGGUUAUUACUGCCGGAUGCUCCCAGUGUUCGAUGGGGUUUAAAGAGUUUGGGUGUUUGAAUUUGCAGAGCUGUGUUUUUGAAAUCCAUUGAAGGAACGACAACUUUUUAAAAAGGAAGUUGUUGAAAUCAGUAUUGUUUGUUGCAUUUAGCUGAUAAUAAUGUGAAUGCCAUUGUAGCUUUCUUAUUGUUAUUUAUUUUAAGCAACGAUUUUAAUGACACCUUUAUCUUGGGUUGAAUAAUAAAAUUUGUGUUACUAACAUGAAUUGUCAUUAAAAAAACAGAUAUUACAUAAAAUCAAUCUAAUUUAUAAUGAUGCCUUAAUUUUUGUGAAAUACUGUUUGCUUUGCAAGUGAAAUUGUUUUUGUGUUCUUGAACAAAAUGAAACAUUUUGACUAGUCUUUAGACUCCUUCAUUUACAUUGGUUUUGCAUUUGGUUAGAAUCCUAGCCAAAUUUUUUUGCCUCUAUAACAAGAGAUCCAUUAAUUUUGGUGAAGAAAACACCCGGAUGGCUGUUUAAAUGGGUGAAAGGAAAUAUGUGAGGUUAGACAGCUCUUGCUGUUCUUCCAGCCGACAGAGCAACCAAAUUAUCUCUUACGUGUUGGAGAGUGAGAGUAUAAGUUAUGAAAUGACAUAUAAUUGUAAUACAUUAUUAUUACAUUUCCUAUUUGGACUUUUUAUCUAAAUGCUCUUUUCAUCUCAGAAGUUUACUGCUGCACCCUUUCUGAUCUGUGUCUGUAUAAAUAAAAGAGCAUGUUGGCCAACACCCCUACAUCUCCCUGCAUAUCUACGAUCUACGGUCUUCUUUACUUAAACUAGCUAAAAGUUUUUGUUCAUUUGCCUCACUCUGUUUUCUGACUUUACUUUCUUAGGCUUUAAACCUCUUCUCAGUCUCAGAGGACAACAAUGACAGUCUUCAGCCAUCUUCACAGCAAGGCAUUCCUUUCUAAUUCAUUCCCAUUUCGUCACGGCCAUUUGAUGUCUGGCUUUUGGUUGUCCCUUCAAGUGUCAUUAGGUCUGCUGUUUCUAUCUAUCUUUCCCUGUUGCAUUCCUUUUAUCUCGCUGAUAAAACUUGACAAAUUGUUGAUACACAGAAUUACCUGAUCAACCAAUUAUAAUUAAAUAUCAAUAUCAAUACGGGUAUUUUAUCGAUACAUUUUGCUGUUUUAGCAAAAAUUCUUGUAUACACCCAUCUUUUAAAAUUCCAUUGCCAAAUCAAAGAAACAUUAAGUAGGGUCAAGAAAUUAUUACACUUAAGUUCCAUGAAAAAGAGUUGAUUUAUAACAGUUUGUGACCAAGUCAUUCACGCUAGGAGAAUUUGUCCUUCGUAUGCGUCUGCUUUUUUGUGACCAUGGUUCACCAUAUUUUACAGAGGUCUUUCCGAAUGAUUUAAUAAUUCUAACAGAAUGCUGAACUCUGUAAAUACAGUAGUCAAAUGUCUUUUUUUAAAGAAUAUUUAUUGUAUCCUUUUUACUUUCAGCUUGUAUUUAAAUUUGUUGUGGCUUUGUCUUAGUCUUAGCACAGUUGACACUUCUUAUAGACUUGAUGAUGUGAUAACUUGCAUUGUCAUCGGAUAAUGUAGCCUAUCUUUCACAGUUCUUCAAUAAUUGUAGCUCAUUUUGUCUUUUACACUUAUGAUACUCAAAAUGCACACAUUGUUUAAAAUUUUCCCUAUAGUAAUUCAAAUCAUCUUUAAGUCCUGCAUUCUUUUAAUACAUGUGUUAUGUGUUCCAAUGGCGAUAUCUUGUUGAAGAACUUGUUUUUUGGGGGGUUUUUUUUGUUCAUUUAGAAGUGACAUGGAAUUGCAGACAGUAAUAUAUUGUAAUUCCAUGAACUGGCAUCUUGAUAACCGUGAGUGUCGUGAAAUUGCCACAGCCUAACAGUCCCCUCUGUUGAGUCUCAGUCUGUAAGAAUAUAAAAAGUAUUCAGGAUCGGUGCAGCUCUUUUCAAUUCUUUCUAGCAUUUGCUUUGUUGUGGUAUAAAUGUGCUACAAAUUGUGUGCGUCGUUGUUGUAAUCACUAUUGAAUAGGUGGUGCUCAAAAAAUGUCAGCUGUUUCUUUUCAAAUCUUUCAUAUUUCGUCAUGGUGAAUGUUGAGAUUUGCAGUCAAAGAUGCAAAGUAAUCUUUGCUGUGACAUGUGAUGCUUUUGUUUUUUCGGUUUUGUAGUAAUUGUUUUGACCUUGCAGAGUAGCAUUUUGUUUUACUCACGGGUUUAUAUAUUCCUCUUUUACUCGAAGAACUUGCAUUUACACAUAUAUGAACUUUGUUUCGACAAUCAUAUUGUUAAAGUUAAAUGAAAAAGUCAAUAUCUCAAACAAAAAUGAACAUGACAUUGCUCUAAUUUUAAAAGGCGGUUUCAAUAUUAUUAUUGGAGUGCUUAUAUUGGCAACAUGUAGCCCCAACAAGAACCCCCCCCCCCCCCCCCAACUUUAUUUAGACUACCCUUUCAUCGCGAUGAUAAAUGAUCUUUAAAAUUGAAGAGUUAGUUUUGCUUUCCCAAUUUGUCAUUAUUUGUGAUUUGUCCUUCAGUUUAAUCUUAUCUACGUGCUCAACAACAGUAUACCAGUGUUUAUAUUAUAAUUAUUUAAUAUUAACAUAUUUUUUUUGGGAAAAAAAUUUGCUGAAACCGGAUUAUCAGAAAAGACGUAAAAGGACACCAGGGAAUUUCAGUUAAAUGGGGGCAUAAUCCUCAUUGACCUAUGACCGUGAUGUGGUGGAUCAAGUUCAAGAUUGAUGCUGCAAUUGCAAUAUGUUGAGACUUCAUUCUACUCACUUUGCCGAGUUCAACAUUCAGUAGGCUAGGCCCAGAUCUAUAUUCCUAUACUGCAUCUUUCUCUUGUUAACUCUUUGUCUCUGGACUUUGCAUUAAUAUACCAAUGUAUAAAUUAUAAACCAUGAUAAAUACUCUAAAAAAUAGACGUAAGAACCCCUGUGUAUUUCUGUUAAAAUUGAUGGGGCCCACAUAUGACUAACUCUGUCUUUUUGUUUCGUUAGAUCCAUUUCUAUGUGAUCUGUUGAGACUUUCUUUCAAUUCACUUCAUCGCAUUUGGCAUUCAGUAGGUCUGGAAUCUUCUAGAUUCCUUUCGGCAACACCGUUGCAAAGAGGAUAGGACAAUGCAAACUAAAUCUAGAUUAGACACAGUGACAACCUGCAAGCUUUGCAUGGUCAGAGGGGUGAGACGUUUAAAUGUGGAUGAGAGUAGCCCAAAUAAGCUUACCUGGGGGUAGUGGCCUUAUCUGGGCUACAUACAGCCCAAAUUAGGUCACCUUAUUAUUAGACACAUUAAUUUUGGGCUUCUCUUUUUAGAUGUCAAAAGGCAGUAUUCUCAUCAAUAAAGCAAACUGGUACAGAUGAAUAGCACAUUAUUGAUAUUUCUAUCUUUUGCCUCUCAUGUCAAAUGUAUGAGUAUUGUGUAUGGGAAAUUGUUUUAUGUCAUCUGUCAUUUUUAUUUAUUUAUAUUUUGGAAGAGACUCCCACUCGUGUGUAUGCGUGAGUGGUGGGGGAGUUUAUGCUGCUCAAAGAUGUAUGAUAAGAAAAUCAAUGAAGAAACCUGAACUUAGUGCACGUGAAAUCUCAAACAUCUGUUGUGGUUUUGGGUGUGAAUGGUCUGAACAAAUACAGUCUAUGACUUGGACAUGGUUCUAGUAGUUAAAUUCCUGUGGAUGUUAUUGGCGAUGUACUGUAUGCAUUUUGAAAAUGGUCAUUGGCAAGCACAACUUCAUCAUUUAUUUAUAGCAGGGGUUCCUAACAAUAAAAUUAUUCCACAAGUCAUUUGAUCUAUAUAUAUCAUAUUUUGAUUGGACAAAUUUUUCUUUAGAGCUCACUGCUUGAUAGGCUCAAGCAUUCUUAAAUCUGGAUUGACCAUUUUUGUUGCUGAAUUUUUAAAGCUUUUUGUAAUUUUGAUUGUCCAAUAGCUGCUUCUUAUAAAACUCUUUAAAAGAACAUUUCUUUUGCAUCCUGUCAGUCAGUUACCUACCUUUUAUUUUGGUUUGUAUUUCAUAUUUUUUAAUAUUUUGUUUUAUUAGCACUUCAAUUUCACAUAAUAUAAUAAAAUGUACUCAUGUAUGGACACAGAUUAUAGGGAAAGUUUGAUGAUAAUCUUUUAAUAUGUAGGCCUAUUUUGACUGAUUGUGCAAACUUGAUCAUUUUACAUUUUCGUCGUACAAAAAAAGGAUAAUUUUUUUUGCAUACAUCCUCUCAUAACAAUUUUAUUUAAAACUUUUUAGACGGUAUUAUGGGCUGUUCAUUGGAAAUUAAAUUUGCUGGAAUUAUAUAAUUUUGGGAAGAUUGUGAAAAUGAAGAAUAUUUCCCUCUAAUGGAAUAGUAGCACUUGGUGUUGAUUUGAUAAUAGUGUAGGUCUAGAAUUUUUUUUUUUAAAAUACAAUUAGUAUGAUUGAGGAGAUUUUCAUGUUUAUGCUUCGUAUCAUGUAUUGGUUAGUACUGCACCAAGACUUUUGAUGGUAAAGAAAAAACCAACAAGAAUGAAGCUGAGAAAAGAUGAGUUGUGUUGAUGAUUGUCAGUAUUCAAGAAUCAAGGCGACGAGACAGAAUGAGUGAAGUCUGAAAGCAUUGUUGAUACUACUGUGUUAGUAUACAUGAUACUUUGCAAUGAUAAUCACAUCGUCGAGAUUUUCAGGUAAACACAUGAUGUUAUAUUCUGUAUUGAAUAUAAUGUAAAUUGUGGUGUUCUCACGAAUUGUGUCACAUUCUAGUAUUUUAUUUAUUUUGUGCCAUGGUUUUGCUCUGAAAUUGCAAUGCUAAAUGAUGGAUCUGGUAGAGUUACACAUGGUCAUGUUUUUCUUCGAUUUUUGUCAUGCUUUCCUGAAGUUUUGAUUUUUAUACACAAAUAUUUUUUAAAAUCAUGUCUCAAUGUUUCACUCCUCAUUAUAUUGCUUUUUAGGGUUUUUGUUGUUUUUGUUGUUUGUUCACUUAUUUCUUUCAGUGAAAAGUUGAAAGAGUUUUGGGAUUUGGGCAGAAAUAUACUUGUAAAUCUCAGUCAGUAAUUUUUUGUUUUUUCUUUGCGGACUUUUAUCCAUUAUACAAAUAAAGUGACCAAGUUGUGUACAAGGAUCUGUUUUCAGUGUUUAAUGUAUAUGCAUCUGUUUUUUUGAGGGGUAAAGUUUUGGAUGCUUUCAUAUUUUUUGUUUUGUUAUAAAGGACUAGAACAAAGUGUCGAGAGAUAGGCCUAUUUUUUUAACCUGGUUAUAUACAAUUUGAUCCUUCAUUGAUGUAUGGUUGAUGCUUUCCAACGAAUUAUGAUGUGGACGCCAACUGAGAAAUAUCUAUGUUCAAAAUAACAUUUGGGAGAACUGAAAGAUUAAAUAUGAAAUUAAAAAUCUGAAUGUGACAUAGUGAGAGGCGCAGAGGUGGCUCAAUGUCUCAAACCAACAAUUCAAUAGAGGCCUGAUGAAGUGACAUGAGAAGGAAACGAUUCAUUUUUGUUCAUUAAAGUCGUGUUCAUUC